AUGGAAAAGGCAACCAAGAUAUCACCGAGCAUUUCUCAAGAGAUGUCCUCUGCCAAAAAAGGCGUCAUUGUGGACAGUCAUGCCGACAUUGGCUUGAAAUAUCUUGUCGAGAAUGGGACAGUCGACUUUCUGCCCGAAGAGGAGUGUGGUGUUCGAUGGAAAAUCGACCUCCACUUUCUUCCAAUCCUAGCAAUUUCAUUUGGUCUUCAAUACCUUGACAAGGUCACAAUUAGCUACGCGGCUGUUUACAAUAUGCGCGAGGAUCUCAACCUCGUUGGCCAGGAGUAUAGCUGGGCCAACUCGCUCUUCUACUUUGGCUACCUGGUCGGGGAGUUUCCCGCCAACUACCUCAUGCAUAAGCUACCUAUUGGUAAAUUUGCGGCAAUUAAUACCCUGGUAUGGGGCGUCUUGGUUAUGCUCUGCGCAGUUGUCAAGAACUUCGCGGGACUAGCGGCGCUGAGGUUCUUGAUGGGCGUCUUUGAGGCAUGCAUCGGACCCUGCUGGGUGCAGCUCACUGGCAUGUUCUACAAGGCCGAUGAACAAGGCGCAAGGGUAGCCAUUUGGUAUUCGAUGGUUGGAUUUGCGGCCAUAAUUGGCGGGCUCAUGUCAUACGGGAUUGGCCAUAUCAAGUCCAUCGCUGUUUCUGAGUGGCAGUUCGUCUUCUUGGUCUGCGGCGGCUUUACCGUUUUAUGGGCUUUUGUCAUUUGGUUUUUCCUCCCUGAAUCGCCAGCUGAUGCCAAGUUUCUCUCCCAACGUGAGAAGUCAAUCGCCGUGGAGCGGUUGAGGUCGAACCGAACUGGGCUAAAAGCCACCAAGUUCAAAUGGUCCCAGGCUUUGGAGGCCCUGAAAGAUCCCCAAUGCUGGUUGUUUGCUUUUUGGACCGGAGUCAGCAACAUACUCAACAUCGGAGGCUCAUUUCUCCCCUUGAUCAUCCAAAACAUGGGCUUCACUGGCCUGACUACUACGCUGCUGACCCUCCCUGUCGGCGGUGUCGAGAUUGUCGCUAUGGCAGCUGCUGCUAUUCUGUCCAGCAGCUUUACGCCAAAUGGACGUACCCCUAUCAUGUUUCUCAUCGCCACUCCCACACUUGUGGGCACUAUCAUUCUUCUCGUCUGCCCACAAUCUUCUACUUGGGCUCGUUGCGCUGCUGUCUGGCUUCUGCUUUGCAUACCAGCUGCGUAUGCAUUGUUGCUUAGCUUGAUUACUACAAAUGUUGCUGGUACAUCCAAAAAGGCCACUACAACGCUCAUGGUAUUUGUCUUCUUUUGUAUUGGUAAUAUUGUAUCUCCCCAGUUAUUCCGUGCUCCCGAGGCACCAGAAUAUGGGACUGCGUUGAGAUCGCUGGUUGUUUCGGCAGUCUUGGUGCAACUCUUGACAAUUGCUUUGGGGCUGUACUAUUUCUUUCAGAACAUACGCCGUGACAAACUUGUUGCAAACUUGUCAGAGGCUGAACUGGCGGAGAGCACGAUUGAGAACGAGGAAUUCUUGGACAGGACUGAUCAGGAGGACUGGAUACGAUUCCGAUAUAGGUGGUAA